AUACCUCAACGUCUGCCAACAUGUCUUUUCUCAACUUGCCAAACGAGCUUAUCCUCAAAACCGCAAACGAUCUGAACCCAUCGGACCUGUGUUCGCUCCUAAAGUCAAGCCACCGCCUCGCAGCCCUUCUCUACUUCCCGCUAAUAGACAGCGUAUGCCGCAAAUGUCCCAAGAUUUAUGCUACAAAGGCACUCUAUUUAGCAGCAAGGGGCAGAAACAAGCAGGUGGUGCAAGAUCUCCUAGACAGAGGGAUCCUCGAAAACGUCCAAAACAGGGAUACCCUACUCAACUAUGCCGUAGGAAGGCGCAGCGAAGCCAUGGUGCAGACACUGCUCGAAUGUGGCGUCAGCGCAGAAACGAGGGACCGCUACGGCCGCACGCCGUUAACGAACGCGGCAGACCGUGGUUACGAAGAAAUAGCACAGAUACUCAUCGAUCACGGUGUCGAUGUCAAUUCGCGGGACAAUUCGGGGUGCACGCCUUUGCACAUUGCGGCUCUGGGCGGGCACGAGGAGAUGGCGCGAAUGCUGCUCCAAGCCCGCGGGAUCGACAUCAAUGCGCGGGAUAAAUUUUCCGAAGCGCCAUCAAAAGCGGGACCAUGUAUUGCGUGGCCCCUACUGCAAAGUUCUAGGGUACUCAAUUUAAGGGGUACCUUUGGAUGGACCCCCCUGUUUUCCGCAAUCAGGACGAACUCAGCGUCGGUUGUGCGCCUUUUGCUGGAUGAUGACAGAAUCGAUCCCAAUGCGCUUGAUGAGAGGAGCCGAGGGCCGAUAUACUUGGCCGCACGGAUCGGCAACGAGGAAAUCCUGAAAUGUUUCCUCGCACACAAGAAACUGGACAUCGACCCGGGCCCCCCCGAUAAUGCCGGGCCGUUACAUAUUGCAGUUGCAAAAGGCAUCAUAGUCUCGGUUCGCCUCUUGUUGGGAACGGGCCGGAUCAACAUUAAUAGGAAGAGCAGUCGGGGGAAGACGCCAUUGCAUCACGCCACCAAAAAUGGUUACCAUGAGAUUGUGCAGUUGCUCCUCGCGCAGAAAGAUGUCAACAUCGACAUAGCGGACUAUAAAGGUCGUUCCGUGAGGUCGUCUAUUAGCACGUACCCUCCAAAGGUUUGCGAAAUCCUAACGGAAUACGUAUCGUCAAGCCACAGAAAUGCUGCGGAAUCCGCGCCUUUGCCAGAGCAACGCAACCUCGAGGCAGUAACCGAUAGACUGGUGGUAGAUGGAGAUACGAAUUCAGUGAAAGAGCCAGAACUCGGAGGGAUGACACAGACUAUACAGUAGGAGGCAGGAAACAAAUUCGAUUAUAGAGCCCUUGUACGUUCAAUCCCCUCAGGAAAUUAUUCACGAUCCAUCGAAACUAACUUAGGGUAUACAAGCAAAAGACUUGUACUAUCUAGUCUAUAUGGAAAGAGCAAUAUACGAAAGAAACUCUUAUCAACCCCUCGCUUCCUGCACCGGCAUUUGGGCACGUUGGACAUACCUAGACUACUACACACUAUCAUAAAACGUUGGGUAGGCAUGGACAUGCGUGGAAUUACGCACUAGAGCUCGCUAGUGCCGGAAGAAUUUUCCUUUAUAGCUGUUCCCAUCUUUCCAUUACUUUCCUUCCCCACUUUACACCUUACACCUUUCAUACGGCAUCCCACCCCACCCACCGCCCGGGACAUGUAUUGUGGUAGUAAACCCACCCAACUUGGGCUUCACAUAUCUUGACUCUCUCAAUAGAUACGAUUAGUGCCCUAGUGAUGCUUCCUUGGGUUGCGCAACGCACCAAUGAAGGAGUGCUGGUAAUUUAAACUUUGUUAUUUUCUAUAGUACAUCGGCAAACUCAUUCAACUCGUGUAUUCAGUCCUCGGGAUGGAUAUAGGGAGAACUAAACCGAUUGGCACGAAACAUCACUCGUACUCACCUGCAGCCCCCAGCACUUGUAUCAUAUUCAUACCAUAACCAGUCACCCCUUCCCGUAGCCCAGUCCUACCCUUGCCUCCACUAUACCCACCCGAGGGGCCCGUUGCCAUACCCAGAGGCGGUCACUCCGGGAUACUUGU